AUGAAGGGCACAGUGUUCGCCACCGUUCUCGCCGCCUUCUCGGCUGGCGCCUUGGCUCACAAGGGCGGCUACAAUAGCCCUACUCAAACCACCGGUGGCCAAUCCGGAGGCAAAACCGGAGCCAAGUCUGGUGGCGGCGGUGGAUAUGGACUCCCUGGCUCCGGCGGCUCCGGCGGUAGCGGUGGCAGCGGAGGUCUGAGUGGCAUUCUUCCUACUGGACUGCCUGUCGGAGGCGACAGCCAGGGUGGAAUUGGCGGUCUUCUCGGCGGCGGUGGCAGCGGCAACGGCAAAGGCAAUGUUCUUCCCACUGGCCUUCCCACUGGUGGUGAGGGCGGUCUCGGAGGCCUUCCAGGUGGCAUUGGUGGUGGCCUUGGUGGUGGGAGCGGCGGUAACGGAGGCCUGAGUGGCAUUCUUCCCACCGGUCUGCCCAUCGGUGGAGGUAGCGGAGGAGGCAGCGGCGGUGGAAUCGGCGACAUCCUCGGGGGUGGUAACGGCAAAGGCAAUGUACUUCCUACCGGGCUCCCAAUUGGCGGUGGUAGCGAGGGAGGAUACGGAGGUGGCGGCAGCGGCAGCGGCGCCGGCGGUAUCGGCGGUAUUCUCCCCACUGGCCUUCCCCUUGGUGGCGAGGGCGGCCUUGGAGGUCUCCCUGGUGGAAGCGGCAGCGGCAGUGGCAGCGGCGGAAUUGGAGGUGUUCUCCCGACUGGUCUCCCCGGCGGUGGUGAGGGCGGCAUCGGCGGUCUCCUGGGCGGCGGUGGUGACAAGGGUCUUGUUCUUCCUACCGGCGGAAGCGAAGGAGGCAUCGGUGGUCUGCUUGGUGGUGGAGGAAACGGCGGCAUUGGCGGCAGUCUCCCUACCGGCCUCCCUAUCCCGGGUAUUGGUGGCAGCGGAAGCGGAAGCGGAAGUGGCGGUCUCCCCAUCCCCGGCAUCGGAGGUAGCGGUAGCGGUAGCGGUGGCAGUGGGGGCAUCGGCGGCAUCAUCCCCACCGGCCUCCCCAUCCCGGGAAUUGGCGGAAGCGGAAGUGGUAACUCCCCCUCCGGCUUCGAGACCCGAGUCCGCACCACCACUGACAGCGGCGAUGGCUACAAUGCUCCCGCUGCCACCCCGGCCCCAGAAGAUUGGUAA